AUGGGGACCGAGCGCAAGCGUAAGAUCAGCCUCUUUGACGUUCCGCCGGAGACUAGCCGUCAGAAGGUGGACGGAUUAGCGGAUGCGACGCUAAACCCGUAUAACGGCCGGCCGUACACGCUGCGGUAUUUCGACAUUCUCGAGAAGCGGAAGACACUGCCGGUGUGGCAGCAGAAGCAGGAGUUUGUGGAGCUGCUGAAGAAAGAGCAGAUUAUCGUGCUCGUGGGAGAGACGGGUAGCGGGAAGUCUACUCAGAUCCCGCAAUUCGUGGUGGAGUGUCUGAACGCGACGCCCAAGAAGCAGGUGGCGUGCACGCAGCCGCGGCGGGUGGCGGCGAUGUCAGUGGCGCGGCGAGUGGCGGACGAGAUGGAUGUGACCAUCGGUGAGGAGGUGGGCUACUCAAUCCGAUUCGAGGACUGCAGCGGGCCCAACACCCGCCUCAAGUACCUGACCGAUGGCAGGCUUUUGAGGGAGGCCAUGGCAGACCCCCUGCUGGAGCGGUACAAGGCGAUCAUUCUGGACGAGGUGCAUGAGCGCACGCUAGCAACGGACGUGCUGUUUGGGCUGCUCAAGGCCGUGCUGGAGCACCGGAGGGACCUCAAGCUCGUGGUGAUGAGCGCUACUCUCGAGGCCGACAAGUUCCAAGGCUACUUCCACGGCGCACCCCUCAUGAAGGUCCCCGCAGGCUGCACCCCGUCGAGAUCUUCUACACGCAGGAGCCGGAGCGGGACUAUUUGGAAGCGGCCAUUCGCACGGUGCUGCAGAUUCACAUGUGUGAGCCGCCGGGGGACAUUCUCGUGUUCCUCACGGGGGAGGAGGAGAUCGAGGACGCGUGCAAGGAGAUAUCCCGUGAGAUUCGAAAUAUGGGGGACCACGCUGGCACG